AUGACGGGAGUCAUGCAACUUGCGAAUUUCUCUAAUAUAAAGUGCGACAUUCCCGAAUUGAAAAGUGAUAACUAUAAGGUUUGGAAUGAGAGAAUUAUCCUUCAUUUGGAGUGCAUGGACAUUGAUUAUGCUAUCAGGAAAGACAAACCAACCAUUACUAACACCAGCACUACAGCAAAAAAUGCUCUUUAUGAACAAUGGGAGCGAUCAAAUCAUCUUAGUCUAAUGUUCAUAAAGACCAAAGUCUCUGAUGGUAUUCGUGGUUCUGUCGAUCAGCAUGACAAUGUCAAGACAUUACUGAAGGGUAUCGAUGAGCAAUUUGUGACUUCAAAUAAGGCACUUGUCAACACCCUGAUAAUGAAAUUUUCAUUCUUAAGGCUCACCGAUGUGAGUGGUGUGCGAGAGCACAUAAUGCAAAUAAGGGAUAUUGCGGCACAAUUGAAGACACUUGAGGUUGAAAUGUCUGACUCAUUCCUUGUGUACUUUAUUUUGAACACUCUUCCACAACAAUAUAGACCCUUCAAAAUCUCCUACAACACACACAAGGAUAAGUGGUCAAUUAAUGAGCUUCUAACCAUGUGUGUUCAAGAGGAGUGA